UCCAACACUCACAAAUACAUGUGUUACAAAUCUAACAAAACAAACAAACAUCACUCAAAGCCUUGCAUGUAUGUACAAGCCAGGUUUAAUAAUUUUUUUUAAAUCUUAGGAUUGAGCCUUAAAUUAUAUAUAAUUAGUGAAUUUCUUACUUCUAUUUCCCACUUUAGUUCUUGAAAUUUGGUGUCUAUUGAAUCCUGUUUUAGGGCUUUUUCUAAACCCAAGACAAAGAAUUUUGUUAACAGUGCAAUAAAAAUAACUUCAUAGUGUUACAAGGAAACAUUAAAGACUUUUUUGUGUGCUUCUCUUUCCCUUAAAAAAAAAAAAUACAGACAUUGUUUCUUUAAAAGGCUCCAUCUGCAAAUCCCAUUAGAUGUGCAUAUAAGGUUUCAGAUGAUUAAUAGCUGCCUGCUUUGCUUUGGUUGGAGGGGCUGAGGGUAUGUGUGUUAACCCCUCCCUCCCCUCGCUCACAUUUCACUCCACAAACUUGUCACUGUCUCCCCAGCACAGUAUUUAAAAAGUGUUUCACUCAUGCCCAGCACUUCUCCACUUCAAGGAAGCAGCUCAUGGCAAUCCCUGCAUAGAUCUGCUUGCCCCAGCCAGGGCAAUGAAGACCUUUAGAACCAGAGUUCCUAAAGUAGCAAAGCUGCAACAGCAUCAAUCCCACAAGCAAAGUUGUGUUUAGGGAGGAGUACUCUAAAGUUUGGAAGCGUUUCCCUCUGCUUGCCGUGUCUUUGAAGGCUGAGCUGCCAGCAGCAGAGCAGGGAGGUGCGGGCAGGACUGGAGGCAGAUGGAUCCCAGCGGCAGCAGCUGCAUGCGCAGCGCGCAGCCCCCCGCCCUGCUCUGGGGAUGUGCGAGGAGCUCCCACAGCGACCUGGCCGCAGCUCCGGGGCUCAGCCACUACCCCGCAGCACCCUUCUCCUUCCAGCAAAAACCACAUCUCGCUGCUUACUCCGAUUUCUCAGCCUCCUGCCUGGUGGCAGCUCCCCACAGCUUCCCGCAGGAGGAGCAGCACGCCCCGUUCCAGCGCUCCGAGUGGCACCUGGCGGCCACCAGAGCCACCGACCCGGCGCUGGCCUUGGCUUCUGGAGAGUCGGGGGGCAGCAGCCCCAGCCCAGUGAGCGUGCCUGUGGCUGCAGGCGAAGAUGAUGAGGCAGCGGCAAAUCCUACAAGUGACUCUGAGAAAAAGCCAUCCAAAAGGAAAAAGGAAAGGGCAGGUAGGUGAUAUGAAAUCAGGGGUGUGGUGGAGUGCAGGAGAUGGAAUGAGAACACCUGGUGAGCUAGGAAAGCAAGCUGGUGAGCAAAACAUUUCAUAAUUCUUGAUCGGGGAAACUAUAGAC